CCGACCCAUUGCUCCACACACACACACGCGAGCCUCACACUCUCUAAUCAGAUCAACCACAGACUCACAGUAGGACUAGCUUCAGCUAGCCUGCAGCGUCUGCCACUCCGGGCAUUUUCUUGCAUCAACCACGGCAAUGGCCACCGCUGAUGUCCAGAACCCAUCGGCCGCGCUGACGGAGGAGGCGCCCGCGGUGGAGACGCCGGUCGCCGCCGAGGAGGUCGCGAAGACGGAGGAAGCCCCCGCGCCGGUGGAGGCCGAAGUCGAGGCGCCUGCCCCCGUCGAGGUUGAGGAGACCAAGGAGGAGGCGCCGGCAGCAGUUGAGGCAGAGGAGACGAAGGAGCCCGAGCCAGCAGCUGCGGCCGAACCGGAGGCCGAGGCGCCCGCCGUGGUCGAGACAGAGACCAAGGAGGCCGUGGCUGAGGCAGAGCCGGCGGCGGCCGAGGAGGUGAAGGAAGAGGCGGCGCCUGCUGCCGAGGCCGAGCCGGCCGCUCCCGCUGCUGCUGAGGAAGCACCGGUGGAGGCAGCCGCGGCCGCGGUGGCCAGCGUCAGCGUGUGAGGCGCCAGCGCGCGCGGAGGAGGAGCUGGCUGGGUCAGCGUCGACGGCGGCGGCCGUGUGCUCCUACGUGGCACGGCGUGAUGCUGAGUCAGCCAGUGGAGUGGUGCUACUUUUUACUAGGUGUGGAGUGGGAGUGCUAUGCGCGGGGUCGUGUGACGUGGGCUAAAUAAAAGUGUUGUCGGGGCCAGUCGACGCCCAGUGUCGGGUCAGCAGCGAGCGAGCGAGCGACGCAGCGCCACUCUCGCCGGCACCCGUGUGCCUGCGUCUGCUCAGCUGGAGCUUUGUUACGGUGUGUGUCACAGUGUCAGUUCCACCUAUGAUCGAUUGAUAUCCUAUCCGGUUUGUGUACCUCUCU